ACAACUCGGAGAUUGAAAAGUCGCCGAGUCCGUUGCCAUUUCAAAAUAAUUUGUUCGUUUGUGAGGAGUCUACGCUCCGCCAUUUUUUAUCAACGCAUUUGUCAUCGCUGGUUUAGGAGAUAUCGCGAAUCAACGCGUAGAGGAAAAGUUUGAUUUUUUAAUUUUUAAGUUUUUGACAUAAAAGGACAAUGGAUCGCCGAGACCAAUGGAAAUCGAAACCGAGAAAUUUCCAAAGCAAGGAAGCCAGAUAUAUGCGGAUGGAUGAGCAUCAAUCUCAGCGCCAAAACAGGAGGGAACAGCAGCUCAAUCGUCUGAGACAGAUUUCACCAGUUAGCAGCAUCGAAGAAGAGAUCGAGGACACUCCAGAAUAUCGAGCGAUUCGUCUGGAGAAAUGGAAGGUGCAGAAGGAUUUGAAAAAGAAGCUCGAGGCGAAGAAGAAACGUCCGGCUUUUGUGAUCGGUAUUCCCCAUCACAAUUUUUUUUCACCAGCGUCCAAAGGUUCUGUACCACAUCAACAUAAAAAGCCGAGAGGUUCCACCCCACCGAAAAGAGUGACAGCUGUAACUGCUCGUCGAAUGGCUGCUAGACAAGCAGCAGCAGCAGCAACGGCAACAGGAGCGUCCAACUCAUCCACAAUUAUCUCCCAGCCCAGUACCAGUACAGGGAAAACAUCAGCCUCCAAGUCGCCACUCCAGCCUCGACUCACCAGGAGUCGAAAGAAAGCGCUGCUGCAAGCCGAAAAAAAAUCGGAGAACAGAGUUGAGAAAGAGACACUCAAGAAGAUUUCGCUCGCACCAGAGAAUUACGAAUUUAAAGGGCCGAAAUUCUCACGCCCCAUGCCCCUUUUCGGCGAAGUUAUAAUUCCUGAUGUCGUCGCUACCUUGGACUUCAAAGUGGCUGACUAUUCGAUAACGACGAAAAUCCAGAUAUCUCCAUUAAAACCAACCCAAGAGAUGACUGAAAAGACGCCCCCGAAGCGUGACAAGUCUCCACCGGCGGAGAAAAUUCCACAGACGACGUCACUCGAGAAGGUAUCCGAAGAAGAGCCUGAGGCUGUGGUGAAACAAAUCUCAAGUCAAUCCUGUAACUCCAGUAUCGAGAGUGUGAUCCUCCGGAUGUCCUCACAAUUUGAGGCCUCGAUACCCCCCCAAGAGGUGAACAUCCUAGAGGAACAAAAGAGCAUAGACAUUGAGUUAUCCUCCGAGGAGGUGAUGCCAGCCCAAUUCUCGCCCUUUAUUGUCUCAAGCCGAGGCAAAAGCAAUGCAAGAAAGGAACAAAAGCAACGGCUCAGUCUUCACAAGUCCUCUCCUAAAGAUGACGUUCCCACAAAAGACACGGUAAUCCAGAGUUUGAAUAUCUCCGUAGCAGAGGAGAAAAAUACAUCUCAAUAUUAUAAACACCUGGUGAACUCGGAGGAGGCGAGGUUGAACGAGCUGUGCUCCACGUGGCAGCCCCUCCAGGAGGACUCCAUAACUCCAGAGGACGGGAUCUACAUGAUUAACCAGGCGAUUGGUCAAACAAAAUUACUGAUAAGGAAAAAAUUCGAGAGAUUCAAGUGUUUAGUGAACAGCUGCGAGACUGGCAUGGGUGAGCAGCUGGUACGUUGUGCAGAUCUCCAGGGUUUCUGGGAGAUGAUGCAGAUGGAGAUCAGAGACUGUGACUCUCGAUUCACUAAGCUGGCGGAAAUUAGGGGAAAUGGUUGGAAAGAGGAGGAGGAAGUGGAGAUGAAAGUACAGAAGAAGAGGCCAGUUGUGAAGAAGAAGAAGAUCGAGGGGAGGAGUAACAUGAGGUCGUUUAUAGAGGCCCAGAGGAAAAAGAGGAUGGCAAAGGAGAAUGUUAGAGUGGAGAAUAUCCCGGAAGUGAAGGAGUCUAUUGAUGUGAAAUCCUCCCUGAGUCCAAGGAAGAGUCUACCCAGGCCAGUGUCUCCUCAUAGCAGGGCCAAGCUCACACCACGUGGAGAAAGACUGAGUCUUUUGAAGCAGGUGCAAUUGACUGAGAGUGCAAAAAGGCUGACUCAGAAUUCCUUCGCCAUGAUCAAGGUCACUCAGAAAUGCAAAACCCCUGAGAUCCAGCACGAUCAAUCCAUCUCGUACAUCAACUCUGGGCAAACACCUGGUAAAGGAAUCCUGAAGAAGACUGAGAAUCUGCCAAGAACUGACGGAAAGCAGGACAGGCAAACGUGCAAGGUGAACUUCAAUGACGUUGUGGACAUGCCAGAUCAGAUACCUCUGGAGGAGGGACAGGUAUUUGCGAAUAAAAAAUUGGUGUUUGAUGAUGAUGACAUUGUAGAUGACUCCAAGCACACUGUUGAGAAUGACGUUGAAUCCUCUGGAUAUGAACCAGGGGUACCUGAGGGUGGCACUGAGGACCAUAUGCCUCCACCAGCGUACAUUAAAGAAACCAAAAAAAUACCUGGCAUCAGGGUCCCAACGAUUGAAUUGACUGAAGCAACUCCCAUACUACAGCCCACGGACACAUCCAAGGAAAUUACACCUCCUAUUAACAGAGUCCCAACGAUUGAAAUGAUUGAAGCAACUCCCCUAUCACAGCCCAAGGAAACGUCUGAGGAAACGACACCCUCCCCUGGAAAAACUACUCCGACAUCCACUUCUGAUUUUGCGCCAGAAUCAUUAGAAACAUCUGGAAUUCAGCAGAUCAUUGAGGAUCCAGAGAGAAAGAGUGAAACAAGUCCAGGAUCUUUGGCAAUUAGGCAAUUGCGAAAUCGAACAAUCCUGAUUGAUAAUCUCCCGGUUAGAAAGCGUAGAACUUCCAGGCUCAAUGCCAGUAUGCACUCCAGCUUUGGGGAGGAGGGGAAUAUGUCUAAUGAUUUUGGAAAUAAGGAGAACUCUUCUGGAGUGCAGAACGUGAAGUUGCCGAGCCCACGAACCCCGAAGGUCCGGAUUAACUUAGAUAAGUCGAGUGUGAGAAGAUCUGCUCGCAAGAGUGUCAAACAUUUACCUGAUGAUGAUUGUAUCACUUGUAAACCUGUGCCACUUACUCCGAGGAGAUUAAAGGAUCGAAUAAGUUUCUUUGGAAAUCGUGAUGUUGUCGCAGAUGCAUUGCCUAAUGGAGACUUGAUGGCCUUUGAUUCACCAAGAAGUUGACUCCUAUCAUUUGUAAAUUCUCAUUUUAUCAUUUUCUUUUUUUAAUAUUCAAGUUCUAUGCGCAUUGGAAACUCCAAUAUGAGAUUGAGGAGCAAAUAUAAGAUUAAGAAACCUUACGUUUUUUUAACUAUCUUACUAGUUUAAAAAAUCGAAUUUUACUGAAAGACUGGGUGUAAAUACGAUCUAUAAGAGCAAUUAUAUGUACGUAUGUAAAAAAAUUUCUAUUAUAUUAAAUAAAAAUUUGAA